AUGCCACUUGGUGCUUCCAUUACAUACGGUGAUCCGGCUGAACCAGCCAGCAUGGGUCGAGGAUAUAGGAAGUUCAUCAGGGAUUACCUGCGGUUCCGUGGCUGGAAAGUGAAUAUGGUGGGAAGUAGGAGAUUUGGACAGUUUGCUGAUAACGAUGUCGAAGGCUGGCCGGGUUAUGUUUUAACGAACAUCACACAAAAGGCAGCAAUCGCUGUCCCUAAGUACAAACCCAACGUAAUCCUGCUCAACGCCGGAACAAACGAUGCGACAACGAAUAAGGAUAUCGAAAACGCUGGAAAUCGAAUGAGGACUUUGUUACAGACGUGUUUUGACCUAUCCCCUGGCGUUGUCGUUAUCCUGUCUACUCUGAUACCGAAUAGGCAUGCCCCUGAUAAUGUCAAUACACUGAACGGCUACUACCGUGAUCUGGUAUUGGAAUUCUUGGGCAAUGGCCAAAAGAUCCAGUUAGCUGACAUGGAUGAUGGGUUUAUUACUCUUGACCACAUUAUGUCGGACGGCACGCACCCGACGAUAGAGGGACAGCGCCGAAUGGCCUCGGUUUGGGCCGCAGCCAUCGAGGAGGUCGAAGCACAGGACAAUUGGUUACAGGCUCCGUCAACUAACGUUGAUUUCGAUGAUGCCACCUCCGGUAGCCAAUGCGACAAGGAGUACAAUAGUGGAGCGCAAGAUCCACGGAAUGGCAUGCAGGUUCUUCGGGGCAACUCACCUUUAAUCGUCAACGAUGGUACCUACGUGCACAGGUCUAUGCCUAUGGGCGAAAUUUGGAACAGCAAUCUUAUCCUGUUCCCGCCUACUGACGAAGCACCUACUGCAUAUGCUCUUCAAGCGGUAAACCUAGGUGGUGCCCCCCGAGGUGGGGAGCUGGACGACAUCGUUGUGGUUCAGAAUGGCAGAAUAUUUGAGGAUCUCCCAUAUGUACAUCUUUACAUCAACCAGGGAGAUGGCACAUUCAAAUUGGCUGUUGGAGCUUUUUCCAUGGUCGAAGGCCAUUGUAUUGUCCGAGCUAACACGAGUGCAGGGAUACGCUGGGGUGAUGUGAACAACGACGGUCUUGACGAUUUCAUAUGUAUAGACCCGUCCGGAAAUAUGUAUGUGUCCAUCAACGAGGGUACCAAUCCACCAAAGUGGCGAAGUGUUGGUAAAUUCAAGAAUGCCAUUCCAGGAUAUCCUCAGGCCCGGGUUCGCCUCGGUGAUAUUGAUGGAGAUGGUAGACUAGACUACUGUGUCAUAAACGACGACGGUAGUUUGCAUUGUUGGCGUAAUGCAGGCAUACUGUCAGAUUCAGCAGCGUACUGGCAAGACCUGGGAAUAGUCUUCAGGACUUCACAAACUCUUCCUGACAUUUCUAUGAUGCGAUUUGUGGAUAUCAAUGGAGACUUCCGUUCUGAUGUGCUCUGGGUGGACGAAACAGGGCAGGUCAGAACCUGGAUCAACCAACGCGGCACCAGUAAAAGUUUGGUUCCCUACUGGAAUUAUGCUGGCAUUACACAUGAGGGUAUGCACGAGAAUGUAGGGGGACAGCAAAAUAUCAUGUUUGCCCGUGUCUGGUCGAAUCGUCCCAACGAUAUUUGGUCUAUAAGCGCAAGAGCGUGGAAGAAUCUUGGAAACGGCGGCACUACCCAGAAAGGUGAUGGAGCCCACUGGGGUGACAUGACAGGGACCGGCAAUGAUGAUUACGUUUGGAUCUCCGCAGACGGCGAGGUCGUCAUCUUCCCAAACACCAACACUCCUCCCGGCACCACCAAUUACCCCAACUGGGGCACUCCCCAGACGCUAGAUACGGGCAUGGAUCGAAAGGCCCUACAUGUCGGAGACUGGAACAAGGACGGUAAGGCCGACAUUAUCGGGGUCGACAGAGAGACCGGUAGCCUGACGGUGUGGCUCACCAAGUACUCGGGUGGGACGUUCUUUUUCGAGAAGAGAACUAGCUCGAAGUCCUUCUGCAGGGAGGGUUGGGGGGUGGGUUUGUUCGAUAUCGGACACCAUUUUGCCGAUAUCACGGGAAGUGGAUGUGUCGAUUACCUCUGCAUGAAGCCUGAUGGUACGACGACGGCCUGGCUGAACGACUGCAAAUCAGAUCUCUUUGAUCUUAGAAGCGUCGGGCAGGUUAAAUAUAGCGAGAAGUUUGAUCGAGCGAAUCAUAAAUUUGCUGAUGUCAAUGGCGAUGGUCGUGCCGACUUCAUGUGGGUAGACAAGUUCAGUGGAGAUGCUUCUGUCUGGAUUAAUGAUGGAGAGCGCCCCGAAAGUGACCGUGGCAGUUUGGGUGGCAGUAAAUUCAAGUGGGUGAGGAAAGGGAAGGUCUAUGCUGGAAGCACUCGAGGCCAAAACUUACACUACCCGAACCUCGGUGGUGAAGGACGGGCUGACCAAGUCUCUGUCACGCCCAACACUGCUGAAGGUUUUGUAUCAUUCAACACCUGCCCAGCAGGGGGGGAUGAUGGUGGCGUCGUUCCUCGAGACCCUUUCCUUCCAGAUUAUUUGGCCCAGCCUCAGUGUGGUAUAAAUAUAUGCAGGGUGGACGGCGUGGGAUUUGAUGGCUAUUCCGGCGCCGAUCCUUGUGGUGAGGAUCCGUUCGCUGAUGAGGGUGACGAUGACGAUGAUGGUGAUGCUAUUAGGUUACUCAAUAUCACGUCACCAACGACGACGCCCCUGGUUAACAAUACGGUACCGUACUGGACUAACCUAACCUCCCAUGAGCUUAUUACCACGGAAUCAAGUCAUUCGAUUGAUGCGCGCGCCAAAGGCAAUGGAAAUAGGGGCUUCAAUAUCACUUGGAGAUAUCUUGGGAUUCUAUACACUCUGAGGAUAUACGCCAGGCGUUAUCCAGGAUCUACACAUCUUCAUGAUUCUACACGGGGGCCCGCGGCACGAAAUAUUGCUGUGAGGUAG